UCACAAACUUAAGAGUUUAAAGGAAGUUCUCCUGCUGAGCUUCAACGACUUACCAUACCAUCUCAAGUCCUGUUUCUUGUACCUCGGCAUCUUCCCACAGAACCAUCUGAUCGAGACAAUGAGACUGAAAAGAUUGUGGAUUGCAGAAGGAUUGGUUGAAGUAAAAGAAGGAAAGAAACCGGAAGAAGUUGCAGAAGACUACCUCAACGAGCUAUUAAACAGAAGCCUGAUACAAGUGGCGGCCAAGACUAGCGAUGGAAGGGUGAAAACAUGCCGGAUCCAUGAUCUUCUGCGCGAAAUCGUCAUCUCAAAAUCGAGGGAUCAGAACUUUGCAGUAGUGGCUAAAGAGCAGGACGCUCCAUGGCCGGAAAAGGUCCGCCGACUAUCCAUACACAACUCAUUGAACAAUGUACAGGGGAAUCGGAAUGUUUCUCAUCUCCGAUCUCUCUUCAUGUUCGAAGUGGUAGAUCCAUUGUCCAGCGUUACUUUACAGGAUCUGCUCCGCGGUAGGCUGCUUAAGGUGUUGGAUCUUAGAGGUGCAAUGCUAGAGGUAUUUCCUGGUGAAAUUGUGAAUCUGCUUCUGCUUAAUUAUCUAAGCCUGAGAGACACCAAGAUCAGAUCCAUACCUAGUUCGAUCGGGAAACUUCAAAAUCUGGAGACAUUGGAUCUGAAACACACCUCUGUUACUGAAUUACCGAUCGAGAUCCUGAAUCUCAAUAAGCUUCGUCAUCUCCUCGUAUAUCGCUAUGAAUUCAGGUAUUACUCGCGAUUCCAUUCACAAUUUGGAUUCAAAUUUUUGGCCGGAAUCGGAGAUCUGAGAUCCCUACAAAAACUCUGUUUCAUCGAAGUAGAUCACAGAAAUCCAUCGUUGAUUGCAGAGUUAGGGAAACUUACACAACUGCGGAGAUUAGGGAUUUUGAAUCUGAGAAGAGAGGACGGGCGAAUUCUGUGCACUUCCAUCGAAAAUCUGACAAACCUCCGGUCGCUUUCUAUAGUUUCGUCGACGAAGGACGAAGUCAUUGAUCUGCAGCACCUUUCGUCUCCUCCGCCGUAUCUGCAGCGACUGUACUUGUACGGACGGUUGGAGAAGAUACCUGAAUGGAUACCUUCCCUACAAAGCUUAGUCAUAGUAUAUCUGAAAUGGAGCCGCCUGGAGUACGAUCCACUGGAAUCUCUUCAACGACUUCCAAACCUUUUACAUCUUGAAUUACUCCAGGUAUCCCAGGGCGACACACUAACAUUCAAGGCCGGGGGGUUUGAGAAGCUGAAGAUAUUAGGCAUUGAUAAAUCCGACGAGCUGAGAUGCAUUGAGGUGGAGAAAGGAGCAAUACCUUGCAUUGAAAAGAUGAGUAUACUGCGAUGCAAAUCGUUGGAGAAGGUACCGUUGGGCAUUGAACAUCUGAGCAUGCUGAAAGCGCUUGAAUUCUUUGAGAUGGAGGAGCUGAUCAACACCCUCCGUCCCGGAGUAGAUGGUGGAGAUUACUGGAGGGUUGCACGGAUUCCGGAGGUGUAUUUCACCUAUUGUAGGAAUGGAGAAUGGGAGGUGUAUUCCUUGGAGAGUUCCGGGGAUAUGGUGCUCAGUGAACGGGUAAAUGGGGAGUCUCAUGGGGAGGGCAUCGUGAAGAAAUGAAGAAUAAUGGGAAAAUACCUUUAUGGUACACUUCCUUUAUUUUUC